AGAUGCUGCCUCCACGCCUCGAAACGACCCCAUAGCUGAGAAGUGAAAGAAUCCCUGCUUCGCGAUGAAUUCCCUGAUGUCCUGAUCGAUCCAUCCAGAUCCCGAGACCGCUGCAAAGGAAUAACAUCGGGAAGGAGAAAGGAGGUGGAGGAUCCAUUCCACCGUUGAUAACGGAAGCUGGAGGAUUCGGACCAAUUUCUGUAUGAGCGUCUAUACAAGAUCCGGAACCUUCCCGCCGCCUCACCCCCAUCUCGCCGCCUCUCCAUGUAUAUUGACCAGGAGCAGCUGCAAGAUGGCGUGAGGAGGAGCGGCGACCGGCACUAUUCACCGUCAACGACGGUACCAGCACCACCCACUGAAGCACCUCCAACGUUCUCGUAUGGCGACCAACAUCACCGCAGGCUACACACCCGCUACAGCUAAUGAUACCACGUUCAACUAUACCAAGCAAGCUCAAGAGGAGGGGUACAAUCAACUAGAAGCUAUCGUCAUUUCUGUGAUACUUAUCGCUAUUAUCGCCGGAACUAUUAUCGGUAACAUUCUCGUGUGCGUCGCUGUGUGUUUGGUGCGUAAGCUUCGUCGGCCGUGUAACUAUUUGCUAGUGAGUCUAGCCGUGAGUGACUUGUGCGUGGCCGUGUUAGUGAUGCCGAUGGCGAUGAUAUACGAGAUCAAAGGCAGUUGGAUAUUCGGGGAGAUUGUGUGCAAUUUGUGGGUCAGCUGCGAUGUACUUAGUUGUACCGCGUCCAUUCUGAAUCUGUGUAUGAUCAGUGUGGAUAGGUACUACGCCAUAACGAAGCCCCUGGAAUACGGCGUGAAGCGUACCCCUAAACGCAUGAUCGUUUGGGUGAUAGUGGUGUGGUGUUUCGCUGCUUGCAUCUCGUUGCCUCCCCUGUUGAUCCUCGGCAACGAGCACGAGGAAAAGCAAGAGGACGGCAGCAAACGGACGGACGUGUGCUUAGUGUCGCAGGACUUUGCGUAUCAGCUAUACGCCACCAUGUGCAGCUUCUACAUACCGCUAGCUGUUAUGAUGGUCGUGUACUACAAGAUAUUCAGAGCAGCCAGGCGGAUAGUAAACGAAGAAAAGCGCGCGCAGAGCCACCUGGAGUCUCACUGUUACAUGGAGAUUAGCGUCAAAAACGGCGGUGGUCCGCCUGAAAACAAGAUCUCCAGUCAAACCUCCUCCCCCGCUACAAACCCUGCUAGGAUCAACCAUAGGUCCAGCACGACCAGCACAAAUACAAUGGCUGUAACCCUAAGGGUACAAGGGUAGGAUUGUCAUCUGUCAUCCGUCCGUCAGUCAAGUUUUCAGUCGCUAUGUCAGAGGCACUGAUGCCACUCCUCCCUCCCCCCGCCAAGGACGAGAAGAACACCUUCCUGAACAUGAAGUCUUUUGACCGCCGUUGAUCUACUUGACGCCAUUUUUUAUUAAACCUUUGUUGGCCUCCUCUAAAUUAAAACAAAAUAUUAA